AUGACUUUGUAUGGUUUGGGAUCGUUGCACAUUUUAGAAACUUCUGGUGGUAUCCAGCACCUCGUGGGGAAGAGACUGCGCCAUCCCUUCACGGGCCGUCUGCUGCCUGUCCUCGCUGACGUGCUGGUCGACCGGGAGAUCGGCACAGGCGCUGUCAAGGUGACUCCUGCUCACGACCACACCGACUACGAGCUCAGCGUUAGACACCAGCUCCCGGUCAUCUCCACCUUCAACGAGGACGGCACCAUGGCAACCGAGGCUGGGCACUGGCUCCAGGGUAUGAAGCGGUUUGAUGCCCGUGAACAGGUGCUGGCGGCUCUCUCGGAGCGGGGUCUGUUUCGUGGUAUGAAGGACCACUCGAUGGUGCUGCGAUUGUGCAGCCGUUCUGGUGACGUGGUGGAGCCGCUCCUGAGGAGCCAGUGGUACGUUCAGUGUCGGGAUCUUGCACAGAGAGCGAUGGAGGCCCUCGACCGGGAGGAGCUGACCUUCGUCCCCAGCUCCUUCCAGAAGACCUGGCGCAGCUGGCUGUCCAACAUCAGUGAUUGGUGCAUCUCCCGGCAGCUCUGGUGGGGUCAUCGCAUUCCGGCCUAUCGUGUUGCCUUCCCCGGCUCGUGUGACCUGGAGGGAGAGGCAGCCGGGCUGUGGGCCAUCGGCAGGACAGAGCAGGAGGCUCGAAGGAACGCAGCGAAGCAGCACGGGGUAAAGGAGAGCGAGAUUACACUGGAACAAGACGAUGACGUCCUGGACACUUGGUUUUCCUCGGCUCUGUUCCCGUUUGCAGCGAUGGGAUGGCCACACGAGAGGCCUGGUUUCAGGGAUUUCUACCCCAACUCGCUGCUGGAGACAGGAAGCGACCUGAUCUUUUUCUGGGUGGCGAGGAUGGUCAUGCUGGGCCAGCCACUGACAGGAGAGGUGCCUUUCCGACAGGUCCUCUUUCACUCCAUGGUGCGGGAUUCGCACGGCCGCAAGAUGAGCAAGUCGCUGGGCAACGUUAUCGACCCGCUGGACGUGAUCGGGGGUGUGUCGCCGCAGCGUCUCCACGAGAAGCUGCAGGAGGGGAACCUCGAUCCUCGGGAAUACCGCGUCGCCCAGGAGGGGCAGAAACGGGAUUUUCCACAUGGGAUCCCAGAGUGCGGGACAGACGCUCUCCGAUUCGCCCUGUCUUCCUACAAGUGUCAGGGAGACGAUGUCAAUGUGGAUGUUGUGACCUUUGUGAGCUCGCGCCGCUUUUGCAACAAGAUCUGGAAUGCCAUGAAGUUUACGUUUGCCGCCCUGCCCACGGGUUUCCAGCCGCUGCCAUUGCCCACGGUUAGACCGGACGCUGCCAUUGACCGCUGGAUCCUGAGCCGCCUCCUCCGUGCUGUUUCUGGCUGUGACCGUGGAUUCCGGGAGUACAACCUCCAGGCGGUCACCUCCGCUAUCCACCGUUUCUGGCUGCAUGAGCUGUGUGAUGUUUACCUGGAAUGUGUGAAGCCUGUCCUACAGUGUGGGGAGCCCUGUCACCAGGACACGGUCAGGCAGGUUCUGUACGUCUGCACAGAGCAGGCCCUGCUGCUGCUCUCUCCCUUCAUGCCGUUCCUGACCGAGGAGCUUUGGCAGAGGUUACCAUGUCGCCAGCAGCCCCGAGAGCCCAGUAUCUGUGUCAGCCGCUACCCAACUCUCACACAGCUGCCGGACUGGGAUGAUCCUGGGGCAGAGUCGGACUUCCUGCUCACUCAGGAGGUGAUCCGAGGGGUGAGGGCUAUCCGUGCCGAGUAUCGUCUGACCAAAGCGCGGCCGCACCUGUACGUCUGCUGUGAGCAGAGUGCGCGGGACAGGCUGGUGCCCUUCCUCGGCCCCCUCCGAACGCUGUCUCGCUCGGGCUCCGUGGAGCUGCUGAUCCCCGGGGAGGCUGUGCCAGCGGGAUGCGCGGUCGCCGUGAUUAACCAGCACUGCCAGGUUCACCUCCACCUGAAGGUAGGCAUCGCCCACAAGCGAUCACCCAUCCCAGACCCCUCCUUUCUGCGGGGGUCUAGGAGUGCUGACAGCAUUCCAUUGCAGGCACUAACUGGGGAGUCUGCUUGCCCGGGAAGGUGA